AUUUUGACGUAUUGCAUUUGACAGGUAGAAACAAAAAGUCAUCUUCGCUUUUUAAGCUAUUCUUGUUGGUCAUCAAACGAUAAUUCGUUGUCCAAUUCGGAAUAUUUUUUAAUUUAUAUUUAAUUUUCGCAGUCAAAUUGAAAGAAAAAACUGCCGCAAAAUGUCGAUUAUGGCUUAUAAUGGUGGAUGUCUUGUCGCGAUGCGCGGCAAGAAUUGUGUGGCUAUUGCAACUGAUCACCGUUUUGGUGUGCAAGCGCAAACAAUUAGUACAGAUUUUGAAAAGGUAUUCCAAGUGAAUCCUCGCACAUUCCUUGGACUUGUUGGAUUGCAAACGGAUAUACUGACUGUGCACGAUCGCAUCAUGUUCCGCAAGAAGUUGUAUGAGAAUAGAGAAAAUCGUGAAAUGGCGCCAGAACCUUUCUCUGCAAUGAUUUCUAAUUUCUUGUACGAACAUCGUUUUGGUCCAUAUUUCAUCGAACCAGUGAUUGCCGGCUUACAUCCGAAAACGUUGGAGCCCUUCAUUUGUAACAUGGAUCUCAUUGGCUGUCCAAAUAAGCCGGACGACUUCGUAGUUGCAGGAACCUGUGCGGAACAACUUUAUGGUAUGUGUGAAACGUUAUGGAAGGAAAAUUUAGGACCGGCAGAGCUUUCAGAGGUGAUAUCGCAGGCUAUAGUUAGUGCUUUCGAUCGUGACGCUAUAAGCGGAUGGGGAGCGACUGUUUAUAUUGUCGAAAAAGAUAAGAUCACCAAGAAACAAAUUAAAACACGUAUGGAUUAAAUAGGAAUUUUAACAU